GAGGCUGUAGCAGCAGCAGCAGCAGCAGCAGCUCAGUCCGGAGGAGCUUUCCGCGCGAGCCCAACCGACGCAACCACGAUGCGAGCAGCGAGAUGUGCUGGCGUCGCCCGCCUCCGAUAAAUGACUAGCCGCCUCUCGCUUCCUCUACCCACAGAGUGACAUGUGGUGUGUUGUGUGGGCCGCAGCGUGGUUCGCCAGUGUGUUGGGCGCGACGCAGCAGCAACAGCAGCAGCAGCCGUCGCCGCCGCCGGAUCCAGCGCCGCUCGGCAAAUGCAAACUUUCGCAGUUCGCGUGCCUCACGGGAACGCGCUGCGUCGCGCUGGACCGCUUCUGCGACGCCGUCAUCGACUGCGACGACAACUCCGACGAGCCGAGAUUCUGCACGCCAUGCAACCGAACGUACUUCGGCGAAGUGGGACGCACUUACGAGAUCGAGGUGCGCCGGCCACACGACGACCAGCUGCCCUACGCGUGCCACCUCAACUUUACGGCCGCCGGUGGACAGUGGGGCGACCUCGUGCAGUUGACGUUCGACUCAUUCACCGUCGGCAAGUUCACGUCAUUCGCCGCUGACGGCUGUCCACACGGACACAUGUCCAUCAACGAGCUCGGCCUGCCGGACACGGGCGGACAGUGGUGCGGCAGCGCUUGGGGAUACACUGUCUACUUCAGCGAAAUGAACUCCGUCGACGUUGCUCUCCACCUCACCAGGCUCUCUGAACAGGGCAUCGGGCACACGUUCGACUUCAAGCUCAACUACCGCUUCCUGCAGCGCGCGGAGGCGGCGCUACGCUUCGGGGUGAGCGAGUCCGAGAAGGUGGAGCGCGGCGUGCUGGUGCCGGGCACGUACUGCGACCGCGUUUUCACGCGUUGCGACGUGCGUCGGUGCCUGCUGCAGUCGCCUAACUUCCCCGGCAUCUACCCACGCAACGUGACGUGCCGCUACGCGAUCGUGCAGACGCGCGUACCCGACGGCCAGCACGCGACCAUCACCGUGCGCCAGCCAGACAGCCACCGCGUGCACGUCAAGGACCGCGUCGUGCAGUACGAACGCAGCCAGCGCGUGUUGCGCGUCGGCGACCAGUGCAACGUCAUCCGCGACCACCUCACCGUCUACGACGGUUUCGCCUUCCGCGACAAACGCACUGACGCCAUCGUUGACGCCCUCGAGCAGCAGCCAACACGCCUCCGACGCGCCCUGCAGCUCAGGAGGAAGGUCGACGCUCUAGCAAAUGGGACGCUGGAGGUGAGCAGUAAAGGCGCGGUGAUAGCGCGUCUGUGCGGCGGCGACGCUGUUCCCGACAUCGUCAGCUCUGGACCCCGGAUGCUGGUCGAGUUCUCCACGUCGGCCUUCGACACCCCCUUUCACCCCACACCAGUCAGCUACCUUCCCGGCUUCGAAUUGGAUAUCGAGGUGAGAACGAUGCCGGUGGUGCAGCCGCGCUCCUUCGCGCAGCAGGGCAAGUGCGUCUUCACCGUGUCCAGCUUCGAGUCGCGCCAAGGCCAGCUGGGCCCGCCGAUGCACUCGCUGCCGGCCAACACCACCUGUACUUACGAGUUCGCCGGCAGGCCCAACGAGCGCGUCUGGAUCGCCUUCCUCAAGUACCACGUGGCCGAGAGGGCGCAGAACAAGGUGGUGGCCAGCCUCGGCCUGCCUAGGGUGCCUGUAGUUGAUAACAGCGCCGACCCUGGCACCGAGGAUCCCAAGAAGUCUGAGAUGAGCAAGGAGGACGAGGACAACGACUGUCCCGCCAGGCUCCGCAUUUGGGACGGCACCCCGCCCACCGCUCUUCCUUACGACAAGCAGGACAACUCAAGCAAGCUGCUGGGCGAGUUCUGUCGCGACGAGUCGCCGCGCCUCUGCGACCACAGCCUUCUGAGCAACAGCACCCGCUUCCCGCGCCCGUGCACUGCCGACGAGAGCUACCUCUCCUCGGGGCCCAAGUUCACCCUGGAGCACCUGCUGAGGUACGGCACGGCGUUGCACCCGGUCAGCUUCGUGCUGCGCUACGAGUUCGUCGACGUUUCGCAGGGUGGCGUGCCCGUCUCGACAACCGCGGCGCCGUUCAGCCUGCCGAUGACCGCCCCCAGCCCGUGGACGUGUGACCGCGAGUUCAGGACGAGCAAGGGCAGCGACUCGGGCACCUUCCGCUCGCCCAAGGCGGUCUUCUUCUACGGCAGGGGCGGCAACCCCAACCUGAGCUGCAUGUACUGGUUCGCCGUGGACCGCGAGCAGCGGCAGAGCGUGCGGCUGAGCGUCAACCGUGCCAAGUUCGGCGACCGACGCUGCGUCACCAGGGUGGACAUGGACACCGGGCGGCGCAAGUGCGAGUUCCGCGGCGGCGCCAAGGGGCUGCCGGUGGCGCUGCUGCGCUUUUACGAGGUGCCCUGGCCGGGAGUACUGAUCGCCCGCGACUGCCUCUGCGACAGGGUGGCGGCCGGCAACGCCGUCGUGGUGGAGGGCGCCCCCGGCGCCUCGCUCGUCGUCAACUUCACGGUGGAGGCGAUGAACGUGACACAGGACGCAGGCGACUUCAUGUUCGAGGCCGAGUACCGCUUCCGGCCGCCACCGGCGUGUCCGCAGACGGCGGACGCACAGCGGUUGCAGGGCGUCAGCGGCGACCUGACCUUGAGGAGCCCGUCGGACGCGGCAGCGGCAGACCCGCUGCACCCGGGUUCGGCGCAGGCCCUGGCCUACGGCGACGAGUGUCCCGGACAGCCGUGGCUGGUGGAGCUGCAGGAGCCGUUCCACUACCUCUACCUGCGGGUGCGCGGCCUCGAGAUCACCAACGGCCAGGGCGGCGAGGAGUGCCGCACGCGCAACCGCGUUGUGCUGCACCGCACCAACUCGCUGCUGCCGCCGACCGUCGUGUGUCCGGACGACGGCGGCGGCUCGUCUGUCGGCGUCUUCAGCCCCGGCUGGAAGAGCGGCCUGCCGGUGACGUCGCGGCCGCCGCCGGCCAGACACGAGCGCAGCCUGGUGAUCGAGUUCCUGGAACGCGAGCCCGGCGGGCCGUAUCCGCUCAACUGGCUGGAGAUCUCGCAUCGACCCUCGGCUACGAUGCACCCGCCGGCCAGGGUGCGCGGCGAGGCGCUGUCGGCCGGGCUGCAGAGCCAGCCGGACGCCGUGCGCGACUGCCCGUGGCGCUGUCCCGAGCUGGACGCGUGCAUCUCGUCCGAGCUGUGGUGCGACGGCGCGCCGCACUGCCCGUCCGGCUUCGACGAGCUGGACGCCAACUGCCAGGUGCAGGCGCACAGCCCCAUCCUCGAGCUGUUCGGUGGCGGUUCGAGGUUCGUGCUGUACCUGGCGGCCGGUGCCGCCGGCCUGCUGAUCGUCGUCUCGCUGCUCACGUGCGUCAUCGUGACGACGGUGCGGCUGAAGCGACGCGCCACGGUGCGCGACCGCACGCACGCCUGGUGCCAGAACGGCGGCUCAGCACCUUCGACGGCCACGGUCGCCCCCGGCCUCGGGCCACCCAUGACGGCCACGCUGCGCCACAAGAACGGCACCCUGCGCUCAGGUCGCGCCGCGGUCGGCACCAUCUACGGCAAGGACGACUUGUGUUGACAAUAGCUGCAGGCGCAGCUCGUAUCGACCGUGUGAACUCCUUCGUAUUAUGGAAAAUAAUUGACUGCGACCGCCGACUGAUCCAGCAGAGCAAGCAGACAUUCCCCCUCGUCGCGGUGUUAUGUUGGUUGUCUGAUCGGGUAUAUUUGUUGUGGGCCUAAAUCGUGACUCUUGCGCGGAUUGUGAAUGGAUAGCAAGCAGUGUGUCCGUGGCUGCUGAGUUUCAGAUGACUUAGGCCGAAUUUUAGAAAAUGAACGCGCAUGUUAUUCACUAUGUGGGGCGCAGGGCGAAUUGCACGCAUCCUGGUCGCGUUUUACACACAGAUGUCAACGACGGCAAGAAUGGCAAAAUCCAUAGACUGCUGGAAAAUGGCCACAUCCUUCUCCCGAAAUUUCUUCAUAUGGAAGCUGUAAAACUUUUUUAUGACGACUAGGGAAUUUAAGUCUUUUUUGCCGUAAAAGUUAAAAAUUUCAGGCUGAAAUAGUCGAUUUUCGCCUAAAACUUACAUUUCCAGAUAAAAAUACCAUUUUAACAAAAAAUCUAAAACAUAUUUUACAAUUUGCUUUGCUAGGAGCAAAAAAAUGCAGCAUCAUUUUGUGUUUAAAAUUAUACUGCUCCUUCCAAACAUAAAUCUUUUUUGGCCCUCUGAGGCUGGUUAAAAAGACUGUAAUUAAAAAAAAAUUAAAAGCAAAUAAAACAUUUUGGUUGUUUAGUAGGAUUAAAAUAAAAAAGAAUGGUCUUUUUGUCAUAAAAUAGUCGGUUUAAUAACCACGCAAUUUCAUGAUUUUUAAAUCAUAAAUUAAUCUCGAUUUUGACCGGCUUCAGAAAAAUCUCAUGAACCAACUAAAAUUCCAAAGACUUCUGUUCAAACGUCAUCGUGUGAUACAUGAGGAAUCAAAAAUGGAAAGUUGAAUGCAACUAACUCUCAGAUACCAAAAACGAGAAAGCUUAAUUCAACGUGUGUGCGAUCCAAAUAAUUUAUAACUAAUUCAAUCUAAUGUCAAAUUGCUUCUGGCCUUUUGACAAGACAAGCUGAAGUGAAAUACUGGGCGAAUGAGUUAUUUCAUGUAAAAAAUCGACCAGUUCAUACUUGCUCAGCACACAGUUUGCAGCUUGGAGGCACAAAAAAUCCGAUAAGUUUUUUGUUCAAGCUUUGCUGGCCAUUACAAUAAAAACAAACUGCUGGAAAACUAUUCCCUUGACGGGGCCAAGUUUGUUGAAAUUCUGAAAAAGUGACACAAAAGAGCCCGUCGCGUUCGAAGUCAAUCAAUAACCCAUUAAGGAAGUCGGGCGCUGAAAGAUGAGAUUCUCUCGCCGCAGCAAACGAGACCAGGAAUGUGCAAUUCAGGCCGUCGCGAUCUCCCCUUUGAUAAAAACGCGAAUCGGACUUCCCUCAUGUAAAAGUGUAAGCAGAUCCUUAUCCUUCGAUUUCUACACUAACUUUUUCUAUAUGAAUAUGUACAUAUAAAACAGCUCUCUCGGGAUAUCAUUUUCAACGAACGUGCAGCUUUUGCUUUGUCCGGGAAAAUAAUUAGUGUAGCGAAAACACGUUCCCCCCCAGCCCCAAACAGAACAGAUCGAUGAAAAAUUAAUUUGUUUUCGAGACAUGGAUAACGAGGUUUACGCGGUGAUAUAGACUGGUGAAACAUUUGACCCGGGCUCUUCCCGAGGCACAAAUUGAAAAAAGAGGACAAGUACGCCUACUACGUGUAUGUUGACUUUUGCAUUAUUCUAAAUAGUUAAAACAAGAGAUGAUAAUUAUGAAGAAAACACACAGCAGUCCUAUUUAAUAUAAUAUUCUUUUUAUACGGUUUUUAACUCGUUUUAAAGCCAUAAACAACAUACACGUGCGCGCACAUAUAAUGCGUUUUAAAUAACAGGAAGUCGCGUCGCGCAAUUUGAAAAUACGCGGCGCGAUGGAAAAGUCGACUAUUUUUAAUGCUUUGGUAUAAUUAUUCUUUUGUAUAAACGCUGGAAAUUUGAAAAACGCGCGUGCGACAGACAAUUUUAGGAAGAAGACCGACGUUCUUUGUUUUUGUCGAUGACGCGUGUAUAGUUAUAUCAAUAUUUUAUACACACAACAUGUCAUGAUGAGAAGGUGUAUCCAGUACGAUAUUAUAUAUAGCACAACACUAUGUGAGCCGAGACAAAUUUUAUAAAAAGAAGCAGUGAGGCGAAAGGAAUAAAAGAGAAAAAAUACUUUCGAUUGCCGUUCGGCACGCAAAAUCCUCUGUCAGAUUAGGCUUCAUGUGCUUUCAUCUCUUGCUCCAGAAAUCCGAAACAAACUUUGAUAUGAUAGAAAUAUAUUGUUUAAAAAUAAAGAAGCAAAAAGAAAUA